CCUGGACAAGAUUUAAAGAAGGGGGAAAUCACUCUCAUACAUGCCACUCUAUCCACGGCUGUAUGCCUUGAACUCGUGCGACUCGCGGAGGAAGAGGUAUACAAGAUGUUCUUGUCGGUUUUCCCUGAAUCUGAAAAUCUUAGCUACGUGGCUCUUGUAAACAAGAUCUACAAUUCGGACGCGCUGGGGAGAGCCAACGAACAUGGUAUCGAUGACCCCGAAGCACUGGCGAUUUCAGCAUUUGACGAGUUCAUCUUUAUACCUGUUGGCCGCACACUGCUCAAUCUUAAGGGAAUGAAGGGGUAUGUUAACAAUAUUAUGUGGCCGGUUCCUAUUCCGUCGUUGAGAUUCGAUUAUAUCGUCGCACCGGAGCUCAUUGACGAUCCUCGAAUGAAGAAAUUCGAGGAACAGGACCGAUUUCUAGUCCAGAUAUAUCACGACCUGGUCUUGGUCGACCACGUCAAGUUUGACACCUUCAAGAUGGAAAAGCUGAUGGGUGGCGAGCGCGCAGAGCUCAUGAAGAAAGCAGCUCAACCGUUUGAUGACGUUUUGCAUAGUUCCUUGCGAUGCCUGUGGAACCCGGGAUCGGUGACUGUUCAGAGCGUCUUCGCCGCUCAACUCAUCCUGGACAUCCAUGACAUUUGCGGUACCGCGACUUCGGGUUUGCAGCUGGUUCAGGACGCGAUAAACCAUAUGUUCCCAUUCUCAGUGGACUCUAAUGGUGCUCUUGACACGAAAGAGGUGCGAUGGCCUGCAGAGGAUCAGGACGUCUUGAUGGAGAUUCACCGCCGACUCCAAUACUGGUUAAUUCGUCCGCCUUGGAUGGUACUCAAAGAAGUGCUCCUCGGGCUCAGCCAUAAGAAGAGGGAGGAGGAAAUACCGCCCGAAGUUGACGAGCUGAUAUACAGGUGGCUGGAUGCCCAUGGUUUGUCCCCACCCAGCGCGGAAGAGAAUGAGAAUGCCGAGAAACUAAACGUCCAGUUCAUCUACCCGAAUGACGAGCCUGCUUUCCUGAUCAACAACAGCCCGCUCUACUGCGGAACGGUGUUGCUGGAUUUGAUCUCGAUGACCGAGAAGGCUGGCGUUGCCCUGGCAAACCGCCAUUGGUCCGUCUUCGGUGUGGCGCACGUGUAUAACGCUCUACGCCAGCUCGGCGGCUUUGACAAGCACUGGCCUGAAAUCGAGCGGAUCAUUGCGCUUCACCCCGGGCCACUCUUUGCCAAUGACGUUCCAACCACCGCGACGUCGAUCUAUGACCGAUUCGCGUACCGAAUCGGCGCAUCACCGAGCAACCUUCGCCAUUUUGUCAAGAAAAGGCCAUGGAAUUUCCACACAACGCCUGCCACGGCGGCCAUGCGCCAGUUCUUCGAGGCCAAGCUGUCUCUGCCGCAGCUGCUGAAUCUGCUGGAGGAGCAGAUGUCUGCGCAUGACCAUCAGAACAAGCAGCAACGUCGAAUUCCCGAAUCCAGCCGGCUCAGCAACCACUCACUCCGCGACAGACCCUGCUCCGACUGGAAAAGUAUCUUGACCACGUCCUCCCCGAUAUGCAGCUGGACUACAUCAACCUCAGCCGGGCCUGCAAUCGGGUGCUCCGGCGUCUGCGGUCGGAAAUCCAGACCCGCCUCGGCAUACCGUACCCGGACCUUCGCGGCGACCGCAACGACUACAGUUUGA